GAGAACGACAUGGCACAAAACCGCGACGCCAACGAAUUAGCUACUUUGCUAACGCGGGAGAGACAUCGAGAAAGGAGAGCCAUAACGAUGAACCCACAUGUGGUCGGGGUCACAAUCUUCAGUCGAUGUGUGGAGUGCUUACACCUGCUACAGUGCCGAAGAUCGUAUUGCCUAUUGUCAGUUGUAAACUACACGGCUGACUUGCUUAUCGUAUCUUGGUUAUUCGAUGGUUACGAUGAAGUCGUCGAUCUGUUGUACUGCAUUGCUUCGUGCUUGUUUGGAAUAGCUAUCACAUCGCUUUACUUGAAUCGACCUCUACUUAUGCUUCCUGAUGUUAUUUAUAAGAUCACCGUUUCGUUCUGUUCGUUAUUUUUCGCCAUUGAAGAGGUGGACUCUGGCUUGAAGGGAAGUAUGUACAGACUUUUGUUUGUGCUUUGCGCUGUACUGAUGCAGUUCUUUGAGAACUAUGUCCUAUUCAUGGCAUUGUCCUCCAAACAACUAGAACAGCAACGCCUUAUACAGAAUCGACCACCACCAGCAUAUGAACAACUGUCCGCAAUGAAUCUCAUGCAACGGACGGGUGAGCCAUGCACAUCCAAACCAGUCGUUCCUGAUGAAAUGAAAAAGGGUCGGCCUGAAACACCACCACCUUGUUAUGAAAUAGCAAUGGAGACGCUGAAAACGUCAAAAAAGGAUAUUGUGCAUGUUGUUUAGCGCUGAACUCACGUUGUAGCGCUUACUUCUCAAACCCUAAUUUAUUCUUUCCUUAUUGAAUCGUGGAAAGUUAGAUUAAAUUGGUUUCUCAGAAGCUCUCAUGAGAAGGCAAUGUUUGAACCGGUACUGUAAGUAAACCCCACAGAGAAAUAAAUCGAUCAUUAAUCGAUUGGUUGCUGUGACGCCGAAGACACUUCGCAAGUGUCGCGCUGUCCAACUCUCAAUAUUUCCGGGUUCGGCAGCGUAUAGGCGGGUUCAAUUUCGUCGCUGUAGUCGCCCACUGUCGCACGACUUGAUCAUUUACUGAACUUUUACGUCACACAACCUUGAACGUUCUCUCUCGUAUCGUUGAUCUCAUUAUUUGUGUCGCACAUCGUUCUGUGUAAUACCGUAUUGUUUGUGUAUUUGUGCUGAAUAGUGAGAAACACGUGGAUAAAUUUUUCC